CAUUUUGUGUCAUUUUGGAGUGAGAAAUUGCAGCCAUGUCGUUGCUUGACACUCUAGACUCGCCGUCCACGAGGAUCUUAUUAGGAUGUCUCUUAUUCGCAGGCAUUGCCUACACUCUCUACCGCUCAAUGCUACCCCGUCCCUUAGCAGACAUUCCCUAUAACGUCUCUGCGACCAAUCGUAUCUUGGGAGAUCUUCCCGAUGUCAAGGCUUUCGGGAGCUUGACCGACUGGUUAGCGACGCAGGCUAUUAAGCACCAAUCACCUUUAUUCCAGGCUUUUAUUCGUCCUUUUGGAAAACCGUGGGUUGUUGUCGCUGAUCAUUAUGAAGCAGCUGAGAUUUGCACGCAUCGUGUAAAGGAGUUUGAUAGAGGGACGUCGAGUACGGCUGUUUUUAAUUGUGUUGUGCCUGGGGCGCAUAUUACACUUACGAGCUCGGAUCCGCAGUUUAGGAAGAAUAAGGAACUUGUGAGGAAUUUGAUGACGCCGUCGUUUUUGUCAGAGGUAUCUGCGCCCGAAAUUUACGACAAGUUCUCUCGACUAGUUGAACUCUGGAAUCUCAAAACUGAGCACGCCAAUGGUCAAUUCUUCUCGGCCUCAAAGGAUGUACACAACGCCGCCCUUGAUAUCAUCGUGUGCGCAGCUUUUGGCCUUGAUACCCAACAUACCCAACUUGUCAAAGAAAUCCAAGAACUCACCCCGGACGACAACCAUUCGUCAAAGGUCGACGGCGAAAUUGCGUUCAAAGAACUCCCUCUUAAUGAAGAGCUCAACGCCCUGGCAACUGUCGCCGAAAGUGUCGCAAAGAUCAUCAAGACGCCUUCUCCGCCGCUAUUCCACUGGAUGUAUCGCAAUUUGUCAGGGACUUUGAAGAACGCGUUUGCUCUUACGAAGAGGUUGCAGGAGCGAGAGAUCGCCAAUGGAAUUAAGCGAAGGGCUAAUGGAGAGGCUAUGAAGUGUGCGCUUGAUGAGAUCUCUGUUCGAGAGGAGGCUAUGGCGAAGAAAGAGGGGAGAGAGCCCGACUAUUACUCUCAGGUGAUCACUAGUGAAAUGAUGACGUACCUUAUCGGCGGCCAUGAAACAACAUCGUCUGCAGUCCGAUGGGGCCUAAGCUAUCUCAGCGCUGAUCAAAGAGCCCAAUCCGAGCUUCGAAAAGCCCUUCAACAAGCUUAUCCUCAAGCCAAAUCUGAACGACGCGCCCCUUCACUCUAUGAAAUUAUCCAAACUCGCGUCCCUUACCUCGAUGCAGUCGUGGAAGAGAUUCUUCGCUUGUCUUAUCCUUUUGGCAUGACUCUACGAGAAGUCCAAGUUGACACACAGAUUCUGGGUGCUCGUGUACCAAAGGGCACGACGGUUGUCUUUCUAUCAAACGGGCCUAGCAUAUUGUCACCUCCGAUCGAUUUCGACGAGUCACGAAGUAGUGAAUGGGUAAAAUCUCGCAAGCCGAAACCUUUGGAGAAGGACUAUGAUUAUGUGGGUUUUAAGCCUGAGAGGUGGCUCAAAACAACUACCGAUCCAGAUGGAAAAGACGACGUGAGCUUCGAUUCUCAAGCCUUCCCAAUUCAAGCUUUUGGAUUAGGCCCUCGAGGCUGUUUUGGGAGGAGGAUGUCGUAUCUUGAGAUGAAGAUCUUUUUCACUCUUGUCAUCUGGGCGUUUGAGUUGUUGCCCUUGCCAGCGGAUGUUGCGAAGCCUAAACCGGUGUCGUCUUUGACUAGAAACCCUGAUAGAGUGUUUAUCAAGCCAAGAAGGGUAGUAUUGUAGAUGGACGGGAUAGAAUGAUAUAUGUAGAUUAAGAAACUAAAGGU